CAUUCGCAAGUUGAACACAGGUAGUGGUGGAACAGUGAGCGGUGUGGCGGUGGUAGGGAAGGUAGCUAGCCUGCUGGCUAACAGCACUGGAAACGGAGUAACAACAAAGUAUUGUGUGGAAGGAAAAACACAAAACUAUUACCAGAGCCCAGCUGAGUCCAGGUCGUUUCACAGCGGGGUCGACAUGUCAGAGACAUACGAUUUCCUGUUCAAGUUCCUUGUGAUUGGCAGCGCAGGGACUGGAAAAUCCUGCCUCCUUCACCAGUUCAUCGAGAACAAGUUCAAACAAGACUCCAAUCACACUAUCGGCGUGGAAUUUGGCUCCAGAGUCGUCAACGUUGGUGGCAAAACAGUCAAACUGCAGAUCUGGGACACGGCAGGGCAGGAACGCUUCAGGUCAGUGACUCGCAGCUAUUACCGUGGGGCAGCUGGGGCACUUCUUGUCUAUGACAUCACAAGUCGAGAGACCUACAACGCUCUGACUAACUGGCUGACUGAUGCACGGACAUUGGCCAGCCCCAACAUUGUCAUCAUCCUGUGUGGGAACAAGAAGGAUCUGGAUGCAGAUCGUGAGGUCACAUUCCUAGAAGCGUCUCGCUUUGCUCAAGAAAACGAGUUGAUGUUUUUGGAGACAAGUGCUUUGACUGGGGAAAAUGUGGAGGAGGCCUUUCUUAAAUGUGCCCGCACAAUUCUUAACAAGAUAGAGUCUGGUGAACUGGAUCCUGAACGAAUGGGCUCUGGUAUUCAGUAUGGUGAUGCAUCUCUGAGGCAGUUGAGGCAGCCGCGGGGAUCUGCUGCACAGACCAAGCAGCAGUGUAACUGCUAGGGGUCGGCCCCGUUCCCUUCCCACUCCCUGACUCUCUACACAUUACCUCCCCCGCUUUAGCUCCGGGUGUCUCUGGGUUUGCAGGUUAACUCCCCUUCCUCUGUCCCACUGCAACCCUCCACACCCAGACACAUCUGGAUCGUUUCUUAUGAAGUCCAUCUGCAACCUUCGCCCACUGACCUUGGGGAGUGCGCGGCUGGUCUUGGAGUGGUGACCCUGACCGAGUGUGUGGGGCUGGGAGAUAUGGCCAGUAGAGGUGACUGACUAGCGAGACUGCAGCCUUGGUGGCCUGGGGGAAGGGUGCUUUGUAGGGACCUUGCAGAUUUAACCUUAUCCUGUGAUUUUCAUGUGUAUAUACACAAUCACACUCACAUUGUUUGUGUAGAUAAACAGCCAUCAACCCCUCUCUGCCCUGGGAAAAACAAAUCAGAGAGAAGCACAGGUAAUAAUAUUCUUUAUUGAUAUAAAGUCUUAAACAAAAUUAACAUCCAUUAGUCAAUUAUUGCAAAUCCCAAGAUUAAAAAGAGUAAUAAUUUAAGUUGUGCUUGGGUUUUUCCCCUGCUUAAUAAAUAUGCUGAGCAAACUUGAAGGGGUUGCUGGAGAAAGUAACACAUUUGCUGUUUCCAUGAAUACCCACGCACAUCCCCAGCUUUGAGGAAAUGUUGCUCAUAAAGUACAGUCGACACUCUGUGUUGUGCAUUUACUGUAAGUUCCCUUUUAUGCCUUGUAUGAUUAUAUACCCUGUAAGUCCUUGUGUUGGCUAAGCACCUAAAGGGAAAUUUUCCAGUUAGCAUUCUUGAAGCACAAGCAAGGGGAGAUGGUAGAUCAUGUGAACUGGCCCUUGAGACACCCUUGGUCACCCUUAUCUGGUGCAUAUCAGAUGUUAACUGCAGCCCUGGCAUAGUUUGGGCCACAAAGGCUAUCUUAAUGAUGACCUGCACAAGCCAUUUUGCCCUGCUCUUCCUCCAUGGAACUGGUGUCCAUUUAAUGUAAUCUGAAUUAGCUAGCUGUAUAACUUUUACUCACGUGCAACAUACUGCGAGCCUCUUGGGCCCAGAAUGGACUGAUUUUAUUUUCCUGUUUUAGCCUUAGUGAGAGAUUUCUUUAUGUCAUACAGCUCAGUCUCUCUGUAAAAAAGCUGUAAAGAGGCCCCAAAAAUAUAGCACCCUAACUGACCUCAAGGCCCCACCCACAAAUGCAUUCUUUUAUAGCAACAGCUUGGACAAGCUUUAUUGAACGCUGACAGUUUAUUCAACCUAUUGUAACACACUUCAGGUGUCUAGUUUAAUAUUGAAUUUCCAGUUUAACAUGCUGUGCUACUAAACUGGAUUGUGUAGCUAACCGAAACUAGGUAUUUUGGAAAUGAUGAAUUUGAAAACAAAUUAAUACAUUUAAAAAUAUAUAUCCAAGCCUAACAGUGUUAGUGUGUGCCUUGUCAAACACACAAAAUAAAUACCAUUUUAAAUUUAAAGAUACAAUUUGAAAUUAAUAACAGUCUAAAUGUAGGAUUUUUUUUUAAAUUAGGUUGAAUGGAUUUUUUCCCAAUGUUCUAUGAAGUUUCUCCAACCACAAAACAGUAGCUACAAAAGAACACAUUUGUGAGUGGAGCAUAGGUAGGUCGAUUAAUGAGGUUGAUUCCAGUAGUAAAGUGCUUAUGUGCAGUUCAUUGAGAAUGCAUGGAAAAACCUGAGUCGUGAUUUCUAGAGUACUGAAAGUGCAUAUUUGUAGUAUAUUGUGUAUCCCAAAAGAUUACGGAGGCUGAUUUUUGCACUGUGUGCUGAGCUAAGAACCAUCGCACAGCGCAGUGACUGGAAACCAUCCUCAUAAGGCCACUUGACCGACAUGAAUGAUCAAACAAGACUAAUUAAAAGAGGGUAUUAUUCCUGAGUUUAAUGAUCUGCCAGACAGGCUUGUUGUGGGUGUGGCAACACACAGCUGAUUACAGGCGAUGACCAGCACAGUGCCCUGCCCUCUCCCACCUUACUGAAUCGCAUCCCCAUUCCCCAUAACCAACACAGUCAAGCCCAUUUCAGCCUCUGUGUUUUAAAAAUACCAUCUCUGUGAUGUGUGGUGGUUCUUCUGUUUUUUGUUUUUUGUUUUUUUUUCUCUGCAAGUGCACUUUUUUUGACUGUUUAUAUACUGUACCUAUAGAAUUGUAAAAUUUAUAGUAAUUUAAAUAUAUGCUGUAAUGAAAAUUAUUCAAGGAGGGAUCAUUCCUUACUAAAGAACAACUGAGCUAAGUCCGACACCAUUUCAGUGGUCCGAAAUGAAGAAAUAACUGUAUGUGCUAUAUAUAGUAUAUACGUAUGUACUAUACGCACUGGGCAAGGAGAUUUCAUGUAUUAUGAUAAACUAGGCAGUGUGCCUUUGGCAAAGAACGUAGCCUCAGUUCACUAACAAUGCAAACCCAAGUCUUAAUCAUUUUGAAAGGGUUACAUUUAAUCGAGAAGGUGGUGCGUUCAUCGUUCUGCCUCAACUAUUCUGAAAUGCUGUUGUAUGACAUGGUGCUUGUCUUUGUUGAAACCACUUAAUAAUAAUAAUGACUGGACAGACUCCAACCACUAUUUCUUGAUUAGUAAAUAACAAAGUUGACAUGAAUCUAGCACGUGUGCAUUGGCAAGUGAGUUUAAAACUGGUUCUAAACCACCACAAGGAUCUUAAAUAUGACUGCCUGACUUUGAGGUACAUGAAAGUACUGCUGACUAAGCCGACUAAAAUGAGUUGUAUGUUACUGUAUUUAACUGGUUUUGGUAGCAGUGUCUGUGACUACAUCUCUCUGAACUCUAGAGUUCAAAGAGUUGCCCAAAUACUGCAGAAACUCAGUUGUUGCUUAGUAACCAGUGUGAUUUUGUUCAUCCAUAAAUACUGUAUAUCUGAAUCAUCUAUGCUGUAAAUAAGAUUGAACUUGUCUAUUGAAUUGUUUUGGGGGGAGUGUGCUUGUUAAUUUUAAGGAUUAUAAGUAAAGUUUGCUUUUUUAUGUUACAUGAAGAAUGAGGGUUUCUUUGGUGUCCAUUCCAUUUUAUAUAUGCUUUCAUCUUCUGUAGAAAUGUGAAUACACACCUUUAUGUU